AUGAGCAUUUGGGAAGCUGGAGAACGGGAGUUGCUGGGCGAAGCGACUGGGAACGAUACGAGGAUGGCUUUUGGAGGUGCUUUCCCUGAUCCCACUGAAGAUUGGCUGACAAUUCAGAAUGAUCGCAAAAGCACAUUGUCUUCUAUCUGCCUGAAGAACAACCUUCUUAAGUUAAGAAGCAAGUUGGAUUCUCGUGUUGCAAACCAGCUCUUUGUGGAGCACAAACAUAAGUUUAUCUACUGUGAGGUGCCCAAGGUAGGCUGCUCCAACUGGAAGAGAACGAUUUUUCUCCUCCAAGCAGACUUGAAUGCGGAAGCAUCUGAAAUUGAACAUGACCAUAUCCACCAAACCUCGCUGAUCAAAAAGCUGGCGGCUUACCCUCCUGCCAUACAAAAGGAGUUUCUGAGCAAUUACACCAAAGUGAUGUUCACCAGACAUCCCUUGGAAAGGCUAGUUUCAGCCUACAGAGACAAACUUCUGCACUCUGAGCCGUUCUACAGCAUCACUAUUGCUAAUGAGAUUAGGGCAAUGUUCAGAAAAAACAAGAAUUCUUCUGAAAAAGUGAGUUUCCAGGAGUUUGUCAACUUCAUUAUAGCAAAGCCGCCAAAUAGUCUUGACAUUCACUGGAAACCAAUGUUUCUGCUCUGUGAUCCUUGCAACAUUCACUAUGAUAUUCUGGGUAAGUACGAAACUCUCGCAUUAGAUUCUGAGCACGUUCUAAAGGUCAUUGGAGCACCAGAGAGCCUGCACUACCCCAGCUUGAAGAGGUAUGGCUCAGAGAAACGAACUAAUGGUGACAUCACCUUGGAGUACCUCAGACAAUUGAACUCGGAACAAAUUGAGAAGAUCAAAAAAUUGUAUCAGAUGGAUUUUUUCUUGUUCAACUACACUACAAAAUACGAGGAUUAUUUUUCCCUGAAUGACUAA